UAUUAACGCGCGACCGGGGACACAACUCGGUGUGAUAUUUAUUUAUUAUUUAUUGUAGUUUCUUUUUUAAUUUACCAUGCUUGGUUUGUGCCUUUACGUCCCCGUGUCCAACUCGGACCCGGUCGAAGUGGAAUAUUUCGAGUCUAACGGCCUGCCGUCGGAGCUGAAGUCGCUCUUUAACAAACUGAGCGUGUUUCUUCCGUCCCAGGAGUUUUCAACCUACCAAAGAUGGCGAAAGAAAACCUUUAAAAGUGAAGAAAAUGACUCAGACGGCCAGCUGGACUUUGAGGAGUUUGUUCACUAUCUGCAAGACUAUGAGAAAGACCUGAAGCUUGUGGUGAAGAGUCUCGACAAGAAAAAUGCGGGACGCGUUGAUCCCAAAGAGUUCAUACAGUCCCUCCGUGACCUUGGCGUUCAUAUUUCCCAGCAGCAAGCCGAAAAAGCCCUUAAGAGCAUGGAUAAGAAUGGAAUGAUAACAAUUAGCAGCAAAGACUGGAGCAACUACCCCAUGGUGGAGAAGACCGAGAACAUUCCUGAGAUUAUCCUGUACUGGAAGCACUCCACGAUAUUCGAUGUGGGUGAGAACCUGAUGGUCCCCGAUGACUUCACCAUGGAGGAGAAGCUGACCGGCAUGUGGUGGAGGCACCUGGUUGCCGGUGGAGGAGCCGGAGCUGUUUCUAGGACCUGCACUGCCCCCCUGGACCGACUCAAAGUCAUGAUGCAGGUUUACGGAUCCAGAACCAACAACAUGUGCAUCAUGACUGGACUGAUGCAGAUGAUCAAAGAAGGCGGCACGAGGUCGCUGUGGCGAGGGAACGGCGUGAACAUCAUCAAAAUCGCCCCCGAGUCGGCGCUGAAGUUCAUGGCUUACGAGCAGAUUAAGCGUCUAAUCGGCAGCGAUAAGGAGACUCUGAGCAUCUUGGAGAGAUUUGUCGCGGGAUCUUUGGCUGGAGUGAUCGCUCAGAGCACCAUCUACCCCAUGGAGGUGCUGAAAACCCGUCUGGCUCUGAGGACAACCGGUCAGUACGCCGGCAUCUCAGACUGCGCCAAGCAGAUUUUCAGGAGAGAAGGACUCGGAGCGUUUUAUAAAGGUUACAUCCCGAACAUGUUGGGAAUCAUCCCCUAUGCCGGCAUCGACCUGGCAGUGUACGAGACUCUGAAGAACACCUACCUGCAGCAGUACGGCACCAACAGCACCGACCCGGGCGUCCUCGUCCUGCUGGCCUGCGGCACCGUCUCCAGCACCUGCGGUCAGCUCGCAAGCUACCCGCUGGCGCUGAUCCGAACCCGCAUGCAAGCACAAGCUGCGACGGAGGGCAGCCAGCAGCAGCCGACGAUGAGCGGCCUGUUCAGGCAGAUCCUGCAGACUGAGGGUCCGACGGGCCUCUACAGGGGCCUCGCGCCAAACUUCCUCAAAGUGAUCCCCGCCGUCAGCAUCAGCUACGUGGUGUACGAACACCUGAAGACCCAGCUGGGGGUGACGUCACGCUGAAACCUGCUGCUUCGAAGCUUCGAACGCCAACACCUCAACCCCCCCCAGUUAACCCCCAGGGCUCGCGCUAGGAAUCCCCGGGACCCUCCGGAGGUUCAGGAGCCACCUCAUUCUGUGAAUGUCAGCUGACGAAAGACGAGAAAGGACGCUGGAAAGGCCAAAGUGGAAGAUAUGGACUCUGUGAGCUCACGUUGUCGGGACUGCGACUGCUGCUAUUUAUGUUUUUAGAAGGAGCUGAGGAAUGAAAAUCAGGGACCAAUGUUUGUCUUUUGGUUGUGUUUUUUUGCUCUUCUUGCGUCUGGGUUUUGUUUCACGACGCUGCAAAGCUUUGCUUGGUCACUUUAAUGUGCGCCAGCUGCUGGAAGAGUAACUGGGCAGAUCUAGCAUUAACAAUAAGCUUCGUUCUUCAACAGUUCUGCCUUGAAAUGAUUGUGUGUUUCCACAAAUGAGAGGAUUUUGCACAUGGGUUUGAUUUCUCUCCACCCCCGUCCCGGAUGAAUGAGUAUUUAUUCCCACCCGUCCUGUAUUUAUUUAUUAUUGUUUUUCUUUAGAGGAAAGAGAAGGUGGAGGUUUAGUUCAUAUCUGAAGAGCCAUAAAGAAAUUCAGGGUGCGGAGUCGACACCAGACAAAGCCUUAAAAUCUGUCAAACACUAAACGUCUGGUGCAGUGUUUUGGAGACGGGGUUGGAGUUUCUGAGUCUCUGUUCAUGUGUACCGAAGCCCUUGUGUGUUUUUUUAAAUGUCUUUAAAGGUUCACCUCAGGUUUAAGGGCAAGAUUAUAGUUUAAUUCACUGACAAGCACAAGUGUUGGAAAGAAAAGGGCUUCUCGAGGAGACGAGCAACAUAAUGCACUUUAAUCAAAGCUACAAGGGCCUCGGAGCGACUGUUGUAUCAGUACAGGGUGAAAUUCUUUUGUAAAGAGUUUUAGUGUUAUUUUAAUGGACCAUCUUGAUGCAAAUAAAUGCAAAUUGUUGUAAAAGAUGA